AUGGGCUCCGCAGCCUCGAGGACCGCCCAGCGAGGCGCCGGUCCCGCUCGCAAGUUCCCUUCUCGUGCCCCCGGCGGUGCCAUCCCGCCCCGAGCACAGCAGCAGCAGCAACGGCCGCCGCCGUCGUCACAGCCGCACGUGUCGCCCUCCUCCGCGGCGCCUUCGCACUCCGCCGGUGGCGGCGCCGGGGCUCGACCGCGGGCUGGUUCGGCGCAGGCCUCCUACUCGAAGGACGAAGUCGGCCGCCUUCUCGUCGCGCCUGCGGCAGAUGGGCGUCGCGCAGCCGAACCCGACGUACAGCCCCAGCAGCACGGCCGGCGCCUCGGCGCACCAGUACCAGCAGCAGCAGCAGCAACAACAGGCGGCGAGCGCACCGACGUUCCCCGCGGCGGCGCCGGCGGGCAGCAACGCUACACUGACGGUGCUGGAGGCGCGGCGGCGGCUCCAGGAGCGGGCGGACGACGAGUUUCGGGGCCUGGGACGGGGGCAGGGGCGAGAGUUCCUGGACGUGGGGGUCAUCCGGGACGCGCUGGUGCUGAGGAGUAA